AUGGAUCGUCAACAGGAAAAUAAUGGGUUCGGUCCAUUUUCAAAGCGUCGUGGAAAUGCCUCGCUUAUCGCUGCUUUGUUAGUGGUUGCUUUUUGUGCAGUUGUCCAUUUGAAGAUCGCCCAUUCUACCGGAAACCACCAGGGCAGAGAUGAAGUCUUCUUUCUACUCUUUAUCAGCGCUCUUUUAACUCUGAGUUUAGCCGUUGGCGAGGUGGUGCGUAGAGCCUGUCUGGGGAUUGAAGAGAUUCGACACAAGCAAACUCGAUAUGAGGGAAGUUGGAUGAAGGUUUUCAAUUCCACUUUCGCUUUCAAGUAUGCUCGCACUAUUCUGGUCGUGGGCGUUGCGUCGUUUCUGAUAGUGUCUUUUGCCUUGUACCUAGAUUGUAACACUUUCUGUCGUGCAGAAUAUGCGAUCUUUUUCUCGUUAAAUUGCUUCUUAGCCCCUCAGCUGUUGUUUCUUGUCGGUUUGCGAGAGCUUUCUAGGGUGGAAGUAUCAGAGAUCAACGAGAGAGAAAACAAAAAUGUGGCCGAUGGUCUAGCCUGGAGCUACUAUUUUGGCUACUUGAAGCUGGUGCUACCAAAUCUUGAGGACCAGAUUGUAAGAUCGGAGCACUACAGGUACAAGAUUACAAAGAAAAAGCUCUUCAUAUUGCUUCCCAAAAACUGCUACACCUACGCUACAAUUGAGGAGGCCGACCCAAGAAUAACAGUCGCAGGAAAUCUCCCUUCAUAUGACAUUGACAGAGGUGGGAUAUUGAAGAGAUCCUACAAGCACACUGUACACAAAAUAGAGAUCCCAGGCCCAGAUGGAGAGGUUAAUGAAUAUCACGUGCUUCUGGAGUAUGCCACACCGCUGAUGUCCCUGUUCGAUAUGUCUGAGCAUGCAGAGUGUGGAUUGAGUCGCCAAGAGCGAGAUGAACAGGUAACUUGAUCCGAACACACAAACUGAUUUCAACCAGAUAUUAGGUUGUACAGCCUUUCCUUUUAUAGCAAUACUCCCCUCCUAUAUGGGUUGUGUGGAUAUAAAAUGGAAUGGUGCAAUGUCUAACGUACUCCAAGGUUUUAUAUCACUGACAACCCUCUUGAGUAUGGAAGGUGUGGUUUGAAAUGCUCCUAUACAGCUAUUUCGAGAAAGGUCAGAAAAAAAUGUGUACGUGACAAUCCCGAAAGGUAAUAUGGGACAUGAUCAAUACACUGUUCUUGACACUGUAGAUACUGAGCCUACUUUUGUUGCUUUCCUUUAACACUCGCAAACAUACGUUCAUGGCCUCCUGUGCAAUUCUUUCAAAUUUCUUUGAAGAACAGUGAACUCAAAACCACCCACAAUACCUUUCGAAAUUGGCAUGUGCACUUUUUCUGACAACCUGUCUCGAAAUAGUUGUAUACAGUCAAAGCUCCCCUUAUUAUGACCACUCUCCAGCCUCUAAGUUACAACCGGCAAUUAAGGCCAUUUGCACUAAGAGGUUAUGUGACAUCAUUUUUAUGAAAAUGAAAGUUCUGUGAUUUUGCCUUCAAAAAACAAUUAGGUGGUCAUAUCAUAAACAAAAUAAUAGUGAUUUAGUUUUUCAAACUGGCACCAUUUUCUUUAAACGAGUAAGUUCAUAGCUGGUCACGUGACCAAAAUGUAAUUUUUAAAACUAUGAAUUACCUCUUUCUGAACAGAAAUUUGGCACAUAAACUUUAAGGAAAUUGUUGAAAAGAUGAUGUGGUAACGUUUACAGCACAUCUGAAUGUAACUAUCAAACGGUUAACAAGAUACAAGCAAAAAGUAGUUUUGGCUGCCAUGUUGGAGGGCAACAUUUCCUAGGCAACAUGCCCAUGCCCUCCAACAUGGCGGCCAAUACAAAUCAUACUGCUUUGUUCAAAAAUAAAAAAAGUGCCAUAAAAUAUCUCUCUUAAAUGCAUUUCCUCUCAAAUUUCAGGUGAAAGAUAAUUUUUAUGUGUUCUGUCAAUUUUUGUCAUCAAAUUUAUUCCAAGUCAUUGUUUAAAGGAAGCAUUGGUCAUGUGACCUCGUAGUGCAAGUAGCCUAUUGUGCCAUUUGGACUGUGACUUUUUAGCCUGAAUUUCAAAGUAUGUGACUCAAGGAUAUGUCUGAAAUUCUGGCUACCCUAACUUAAACUUAACAAUUAGUUCAUGCAUCAGCAUGCAUAUGUCUUGAGUAGCACGCGGGAAGUUUGGAGAGCACGAAAGAGGCGUAAGUUGUGCCUCAAGUAACUCGAUCUAGCACGAUAAAUGCAGGAGUUAACUUAAGAUUUUAUUAUUGUAUUGUGCUCUCAAAGCAGUACGCGUCAAUGUCUACGUGACUUUAUAUUUUUUCCUCACAGUUAUGUUUUUUCCCUAAAACUGAGAGAAAGUUUACUAAAGUUGAUAACUCUCAAAAAUAUUGUAGAAUCCAUAUUGAGAUGCCGAAAAACUAUUAAUUCACUGAAAAAUUAUUUUUGAGAUAAACAACUCUGCAAAUGAUCUGCACAUAUAUAUGCCAUAAUCUACACAGCUCAUUAGAAAUGAUGACAUUACAACAGCAGCAACACUCAGCUCUUUUCUCUGCUAUGGGUUAACAAAUUCAAAAGUUUUCUCUUAAAUUUACCUUAUAAAACACAUGGUAAACGCUUCAUUGAUGCACUUGGGAGUUGUCUUGUUGACGUGGGAGGACUGCUAAGCUCAGAACAACUUGAGGUACGGUUUUAUUAACGUCAUCAACAUACUCGAUGGGAAUAUGAAGCACGCUAGCGCUCGCUCGCUUGAUUAGAUGAAAAUUCUAGCUACGUUAUAAUUUGUGAUGAAAAGCUCUUGUAAGCAACUGGCUGACUGUAAGCGACUGCAACCACUCUUGUUUCAAUCACCAGCUUGUUUUUUCACUGUUGUUAAUUUCCACAGGGUGCCUAUACUCAUUAACAUGAAUAAAUGCAUUAAUGAUCCAACCUAGGAUAUUUAUACAUUAUGAGCGUUAAAGGUUAAUCGUUACAGGAUGUCCAGCGGCAUGGUUGCUCAAAAAAAUAGGGAAAUAGGAAACUCAGGAUAAUGAGAAAAUAGGAAAAAUAGGAAAAUUUGCAUUAAAAAAUAGGAGAAAAAUAGGAAAAUCAAAAUUACUUUUGUUGACAAAGAUAGCCUCCCUGCACCCCAUCAGGGUUAUAAUAAAGGCUACGAGUCCUCGACAGAUUCUAUGUUCACAGGAUUUAGAUCAAGAUCUUUCGCGGCUAAGAAGGAGUGAAAAUGAUCAGUAACGUUUAGUUUACUCAGGAUAUGGCUCAGUUAGGCUGUAAUCAGAAUGAUAUGAUUGACUACAGGUCGAGCGUGGUUCUUUAAUCAAAGGUGAUCGUAUGGAAAUUCCCUUCAAGUUAACGGCAAAUCUUUGAAAAGCUUUGAAGAGUGAAAUUUCGUAGGAUAGAAAUUUCUUACGAUUGAGUUGUCAUUGAAGGACAUCGAACUAGGACUUAAAAGUCCUAUGGAAAGCUUUCCUUCCAUUAAUCUGCAAUCGGCAGCUGGUGGAGAAUAUGCUUGUUUGAGUCAAAAGACUGCAUAAUUUUAAGUACAGAACCGGGCUCUCCGCGGUGUAUGCAACAUGACACUGAUCUAUUUGGUACCAGAUUGUAAGUGUGUCAUGGUUAAGUUCUAAGAAGAACAUAACACUCUGCUUAGCUAUGACUGCAAGACCGGUUUCGCAACCAAAAUAUUGGAUUCUUCACCUAUUACUUAGGUAUUAAGCUGCUAACAAGGGCUCACCAAGACAGCUAGUCCGUAAACUAAACUUUAGUCUGUUCUUUUCAUGUAGCAUCCAGAAUAAGCUAGUGAAUUGGCUUUUUAAACAAGAAGCUGAUUGGAUGAUUUAUCCGGCCGGUGUUGUGAGAGGACAACUUGAUCCUGUUUUCAGUUUCAAAGAUGAACAAUUAAAAGCAAGCAAGACUUCAAAAUAAAAUAACAUGUACAGAUACUGAAAAGCAGUUUCAGUGGGCUAUGCAAAAUAUCAUUCAAUAGUCAUGAGGACUAUAAUACUUCAUACAAAACAUGUAGGUGCACUAGAAAAUUAUACAAAAAGUAACAAUAUAAAGAAAAAUGUUAACAGAACCCUAAAGGCAAGAGAGGUCAUGGAAAGAACAAAUGUAACUGUCAUUUUUACUAAUAUUAGAACAUCAAAGUCAACAUGCUACUUUUUAUUGCUUUAUGAUAAAUUUCACUCAAAAACACAUACAAAUAUAAUUCCAUUUUCAAUUUUGUUACAAAUUUUGGCUUCACCAGCUAAAAAAUAUGAAAAAUUAAGGAGGUUUUAGUUUAAAAAUAGGGGGAAAUAGGAAUAGGCUCAAAAAAUAGGAAAAAAUAGGAACUGGGCACCCGUGUGUCAUUAGCUUCGGAUGUGAUAAAAAAUGAAAAAAAAAACCUUUAAUAUUACUUCAGCUAAUGUUUUGGUAUUAUUAAGUGCUAAAUGUGUUAUAAGUGACCAUACACCCUCAAUAAUUUUUAUCCCAUGGUCUUCAUCUUACCUGACAUAUGCCUUCAUCUUAUAGUUUACCAUAAUAAUGUAUUAUUUUUAAUAGUUGUUAUUGUUGUUGUUGUUGUAGGUGGUGCUGUUUACCCGCAAAUUAGAAGAAAUCUUAGAAGAAUGUGAAGACUGUAAAGGGAAAUAUGAAUUAGUGCCAAUCUCAGGAAAAAAAGCUCCAAUGGGUGAAAGAGGUGGGAGAGAUCAAAAUGGGAUUGCAGAUGUGUUGGUACGGAUCCACACAGAUCAAAAGCUGCAGUUGGAAGAUGAAGAUGCUAACCCUGAGUCAUGA